GGAAAGAAGAAACACAAUACCUUGGGUUCGUAGUAGGAAGCGGAAAGGUGAGACCGUUGUUAAACAAGGUGGAGGCAUUGCGAAAGUAUCGAGCUCCUCAUACCAAGAAACAAGUGAGGGCUUUUAUGGGGCUAGCUAGUUAUUAUAAAAGGUUUGUACCUCCCUUUGCAGACUUAGUAGUGCCUUUGAUGGAGAUGAUAAAGGCAGGAGCUCCAACCAAGGUAAGAUGGAUGCCAGAUGUGGAAAAGGCAUUUUGAGCGGGCGUCGAAAUUCUUGCUCGAGAAGGAUGCACUAUACUUGCAACCCCUACUAUAUACACUGGAUUUUAAUAAACCUUUCCUGGUGCAGACUGAUGCAUCAAAUGUAGCUAUUGGACAGGUGUUGGUCCAGAGAGAAGGAGAAGAAGAGCGCCCUAUAGCCUACAUAAAUAGGAAAUUACACCCACCAGAAUGGAAUUACUCCAUUAUAGAGAAAGAGUGUUUGGCAAUUAAGUGGGCUGUUGAAACACUCCGAUAUUAUCUGUUAGGGUGGCGGUUCACGCUGAUCACCGAUCAUGCCCCACUAUGCUGGUUACAGAGCAUGAAGACAGACAAUGCUAAACUGAUGAGAUGGGCCUUUAGUCUGCAACCAUAUUGUUUUGAGGUAGAGCAUCACCCAGGAACCCAGAAAGUAAGUGUCGAUUUCUUCUUGAGACAAUAUGAGGAAGAAGAGGGGCUAAGAGAAACAAAAGGACCCUGGAGAAGAGAGUGGGGUGUGUAACAGGGAACCCUAACCCUGUUACUAAGAGACAGGGUGGCCCCUCUAAGUCCAGAACCUUCCAGUCAUGGCUGGCCAGUCAAGUAGGGGUUAAGGCUCAAGCCCUGCCAGUCAGUCAGGUGAUAGGAAGAGGAAGGCCAGCACCCUACAAAUGGUGAGUGGAGAAGACCAGAGGGGCAGCAGGGAAGCAGAUUCCCAAUGACUAUGCUGCUGUGGCUGCAGUCUCUGUCAGAAAACUGCACCAUGCCUGGAACCAUCCUCACAAGCAUCUAAAGUAAGCAGGCAUGUUGCCUCCCUUGUUUAAUGUUAACACCGGUGGUUUGGGUGAAGCUAUUUGGGGAAGGAGGAGGCCUCAUUGGGGGCCCACUGCAGUGUGGGGACCCCAGCGCCAAAGAGGGCACAGUAUUCAGGGGUGAGUAAACCCCAGCGCCACAGAGGGGCAGGAGCCCGAGUGAGGUUUUUUUUUUGAGAGCUAGAGCCUGGGAGUCAAACCCUGAUUAGUGGGUUGUUUUUUUUGACUGACAGGCCUAGCUAGAGAGAAAAGGGGUAGGCCCACCAUGGCCUAGACCCCAACAUAAAGAGGAAUUUACAAAUACCAUCUGCGAGGCUUGGGCUGCGGUGUAGGGGAGGAAUGGAGCCGCAGAUAGCGCCUCCUGGCAUCGGGGCAUACAAUGGGCAGCCUCCCACUUAAUUAACAACAAUUAAUUAACAACAAGACAUGGCAGGCGAGAAGGUGGGCAGUUGGCCCAUAACAGGUGGGCGGGGCCACCAGUAGACAGACCCCAAAGAGGCCUCUCUGUUACAGUAAGAUACAUCCCAGUAAAACACAGUGAGAGCACACACAACUUAGUCUAACUUAAAAUGUAAACCAAGAAGACAAGAGAAAGACUUGGAUAAGUCUUACAUAAUCCUUAAUAAUAAUAAUAAGGCAGAGUGUCUCCUUAUAGCCAGGUGUUCAGAAAGUCCUUGGGGAAUCAGCAAGUGGUCUUAGGUGCUGAAGUGGAGAUCCCAGUGCUCACAGGUGGCUGGGGAAGAGUCCCUCCAGCCCUGGUUCCCCAGCCUCUUCCCCCACCUCAUGGCUUGUGGGAGCUCAGGGGAAUUUUGCCCUCUCCCUGUCCUUUUAUCAACUGCUUGUCUGCCUUAGUCUCUGCUAGAUGUGGGAGAGGGUAGAGUCUGCUGACGUUUUACAAUGUCAGUGUAAUUCCCUGCUUUCUUUGGUCACACCAGCACAUUGAGCUGGGGAAGGGGGAAUUAAAGCCCCUCCAAGACCCCAGGCCUCAGCUGGGGUUUGCCUGAGGGGAGGCAGUCCCUCUCAGGCUGUUGCCCACCUGUGCCCUACACCCCGCUUGAGCAGAGAGCAGGGGGCAUGGACAGCACAGUGAGCUGGGGAAGUGGAGAUUAAAACCCCUCUUAGACCCCAGUUGGGGUUUGCCUGAGGGGGGCAGUCCCUCUUAGGCUGUUGCCCCCCCCCCCAGAACCCUCCAACCUCCUCCACUUCAGCAGCAAAAAGUUUGUCAGGGGCUGUCCCCAUGGAGACCUGGCUGCAAUCCCCAGCUGGGUUUACCACCGCUAUCCCCUUGUCAGCCAGCCCUCACUGCUCUGGCUAGAGAGCAGAGGGGCAGGGCCAACCCUGCUCUCUGGAGCAGAGAGUCCAGCCCAGCCCAGGGCUGCAAAGCAUGCUAGGAUACUGGGGGACUGUGAUUUAACUUGUACCAAAAAGGGGUCUGGGACAGAAGUUGCAUAAAUCGGUUUGACCUAAAUCAGUUAAGUCUGAUACUACAUUCAACCAGUUUUAUCUUAAACCAGUUUCAGCCAUUUUGAAACUGGUUUAUGUGCACCUGAGCUUCUGUUCUGUUACAGGUUUAAACCAGUUUUUGAUCACUUAAGCCAGUUUAUAUGUAACUUCUGUCCCUAGCCUCGGGGACUGGGGGGGAAGUACUGAGUAAUGAGAACACAGAAACAUGACCGUUUUCCUUGCAUGUUACAGAGACAGUGAUGAGCACCAUUGGAAAAUCGGAGGCUGCUUUGAAAUUUGCUCAUGCUAUUGAAACAAGAUUAGGCUCCACUUAAGCAAUUGCUGUUUCAGUGACACAAUGGAUCCUGGGAACAGAAGAGGAAUACACUGCAACAUGAGACUUACCUGCUUUGUGUUCAUCAUGGGAGUAUUUUGUGUAACGCCUUUCUUCUGCCAUAGCCAAAUUGAUCCAUUGGCACUUGGACGAGCUGAUCCUCAGUGCUGGGAGUCCUCCUCAGCUAUCUUGCUGGAAAUGAGGAAGCCACGGAUUUCUGACUCUGUCACUGGUUUUUGGGACUUUAUGAUCUUCCUGAAGUCAUCAGAAAAUUUAAAGCAUGGGGCUCUGUUCUGGGACCUGGCACAGCUCUUCUGGGAUAUCUAUGUAGAUUGUGUUCUCUCCAGAACGCAUGGCCUAGGGAGAAGGCAACUGGCAGAAGCUGAACGGAGAGUCACCACUCUGCAUUCUCACAUCACAGGCAGAAAGCAAGGAGCAUUUUCUCACCUUCAGAGGACAUUGGCACUGAAGAAGAAAGAGCUGAUUGAAGACUUUGUAAGCAUCCAUGUGCACAAGAAUGGAUCAACAUUACUGGGAAGAGUCACGGGGGAUCUAGGAAUUAAGAGGAAACAGCAUCUCUAGUCCUAGAGGAAUGGAUUUUUUAAAACCUGAUUGUCCUUUCAUUUUUGCCUUUUGUCUACAUUGAACAGUUGCUUUACAUGGACAGAGAGUGCGUGUGCUAUACUCACUGUACAUUGGGUUAAUUUGAAUUUGUUUGACUCUUGUGGGUUUAUCUUUGGGUUUUUAAAAUUUUUUUUGCAUAUGAAUUCAGUCUCUUUAAUAAAGUGCAUGAUUUAUAA